GGACAUUUUAGUGUGGUGCACAAAAAAUAAGCAUGGAGCUGAGAAGAUAAGUAGGCUAUUUGACCAAACAGUAUUUCCUAGGACGUAAUAAUCUCGAAAAAGGAGGACACCAAAACAAUGGAGCCACAGACGAAACGCUGGAAAGGGUCAGACUGUGAUGCUGACUCCUGGGUCGCUUAUCCUGUCCUGUCAGAUGAGCAGUCACAAGACGUCGAACUGAUAGAGGCGUUUGCUGCACCCAUUGUCAACAAGAAAGAGACAUCUCGACUUGUCAGGGAGCUGAACGGCCUCUACCCUUUGAGUGGCCUUCAGCACAUCAAGAGGGUGCGGGCGUGCAAGGAGAAGGGCAGCCCUCACCCUCUGGAAGUCCUCGUGUGCCUGGUUAGUGAAGCACCAGACAUGAAGGAGGUCAGCAUCGACUCUCUGCUGCCCUCAGAUGGAGUGAGACGUGAUGGACUAGGUGAGCCUUUUGUGGUCAAGGUCCCUGCACGGCCCCCCUUGACCCGACCUCAGUUUGAACUGGCAAGCAAACACUGGCCCACUUCCUUUCACGAGGACAAACAGGUGACAGUCGCUCUGAGAGGCGAGCUGUUCAGUCCACCUGAGAAAGCUACAAUGCACAUGUACAUGAUGUCUGCUCUCACCGCUGCCAAAGCUGGAAAGCAGAUGGGGAUGGAGGCAGUUGGGGCUGUAGUGGUUAACCCAGCAACACAGAGAAUCAUUGCAGUGGGCCACGACUGCAGAGUCGACCAUCCCCUUCAUCAUGCAGUCAUGGUCUGCAUCGACCUUGUGGCUCAGAGCCAGGGCGGCGGAUGUUAUUCUUUUGACAGACGCCCUGCGUGCCGAUUUACAUCUCCAACCUCAGAUACAUUUCAUAAUGUGUCGGACGCAGAGGUGAGCUCUCAGUCAUACAUAUGCACGGGGUAUGACCUUUAUGUGACCCGGGAACCCUGUGUCAUGUGUGCCAUGGCGCUAGUCCACUCCCGGAUUGGCCGUGUGUUCUAUGGGGCUGCCUCUGCUGAUGGGGCUUUAGGGACCAAGUUCAAAAUCCACUCACAGAAAGAUUUGAACCAUCGCUUUGAGGUUUACAAAGGAGUCUUGAGGAAACAGUGUGAGGAUCUUAAUGGGUUGGACGACCACAUCAGAAAGCAAAGUUUAGAGGAACAUAGAUAAUUAAUGUACUUUUUUAUUCAGUUUAUCCAGAGCUGAAAAAGUUCUAGUAACUAUGGGAAUAAACCAAUGUUCUAUAAAAGCAGUCGUUUCAAAUAAAGUUUUUGAUCGUGGUAAUCAUUGUAUUGAAAUUAUGUGUGUAGUUAAAAACCAGAAACAUGGUGCUGACUUAUUCUGUGACUUACAGGCUUGUUGGAAGGAAUAAAGAGAAGGUCAGUGACACUGAAGCCUGACUUGGGAUACAACACCUGCACAGUAAAAGUUAGGAUCAUUUAGUUAUUAUAAGAGCUGCUGCAGUCAGGAGUAAGAGCUGUAUUCAAAUCCUUUCUACUCAUGCACACACAUGCAGAUUUAUUUUACAGAUUGACAAAGGCUGAUUUACAACUACAAACUCUGGAAUUAUUUGUGCACAUCACUUUACAAUCUUACUGACCCUAAUUUGAGGCUACAGUGAAUGCCUUUUCUGAAAAGACUGGGAUUGUCAGCAUUACGUCUGAGG